AUGAUCGCCUUGGCACCGGGUGCGGACAUUGUCCCCACUACAUACCACCCCAAGCAUGCCGAGAAUGGAAUUUCCCCUUUCGACAGGGGAAUAUCCAAUCAAAAAGUCACUCUGAAGGCUGUGGGAAUCACGCCUCCUGAAUCUGACAGCGCGGAUCCGGUGGUGAUUACCUCAAACGGCAAUGGUACCAACCAACGCGAACAAAAUGUGCUCAACAGCCUCGCAUCUGAGAUCUCGAAAACCCCAUCGGGAGAUGAAUUGAUGGCCAUGGAUGUAUUGAAGAUUAUCGAAAGUUAUGGUGUUGACUUUGAGAAGUCGGGUAUUUCGUGGAAGGGCUUUGAGUCGUUUGUUCCAGUUGUCCUGGAGCAAAUCGCCAGACAAGAGCCAAUCCGCAUGAUCUUGCCCGCAUUUCCUUUCAAAUCACCCAAUGCGCGCAGUAAAGUGCUGGGCACCAUGCCAGACUUUGGUGAAGAAUUGGCCUUGGCCCAUUUGAAUGGACUAUGCCAAAACAUCGGCGAAGUAUACGCUCCCGGUGCCGAUGUCUACAUCAGUUCUGAUGGACUUGUAUACAAUGAUAUCCUUGGCGUCCCUGACGAAACCGUUUGGGACUAUGGAGAAACCCUGCGAAAAAUGGCCAUCGAAAAAGAGCUCCACCAUGUGAAAUUCAUUCGUCUUUUCGAGCUUCUCGAGCAUCCAUGGUUCCCAUCCUCAACCCCAGAAGCCGCUAAGGCAUUCUAUCUGGCUCAUGCCAGUUGCCUCCGCCGAGAACUGAUGUACAAAUUUGCUGACCCGAGCUUCGACGCGACGGAGGCUAUCAAAACCGACAAUGAUACAUGUCUGACAUACCGCGGCUACAUCAAGUUCUUGACUAAGGAUCUAGCCCAUCUUGAGGAAAGGGAUAAAUCCAUGUCAAAACGCGCCCGACAAGCGCAAAUUGCCGACACAGCACGACAGAUGAUCAUUCGGGGGAAAAUGUUCGCGGCGGCCAUCAAAGCCAACCGAAAGGACUACGUGCGACUAUCUAUCCACGAGUCCGCGGGCGAGAAAAAGCUCUCCGUCUCGCUUAUUCCACAGAUUCGGGGCACACUGGGGUACACACCUUGGCACUCUUCUGUGGCUGUUGGACUGGACGGUUCAUAUCGCACGGUCCACGCCGAGGACGUUCGCGACACCCACGACCUCAUCUAUAAGAACGGACAACCAUAUUUCUUCCGCGAAAGAUCAAGUCUCUUUGACUGGACCGAGGACGGUCUAUCCGUCAAGUUCGAGCAUCUUUAUCCCUGCGGACUCAUCAUCCGCCCCGCUGAUAUCGACAAUGUCAAUCCGCCGCCGUCGAUCCGCUCCAUCCCCAUGAAGAAAGUGCGCCAGCUGUCGAACGGUAUGUCGCCCAUUAUUAUUCGCGGGUUUUCCGAGACUCUUGAGGAAGAUCUCUAUGUCAAGAAGGGAGAAGAGCUUGGCACUAUUCUCCCAUGGAGCUUCGGCAUAAUUCAAAAGGUACGGGACAACGGCCGCUCUGACAAGAUGGGCAACAACGUGACCUCGAACGAGGCUAUGCCGAUGCAUUUUGAUGGAAUGUUCAAAUUCGAUGAGAUCACCGACCCAGAGACAGGCGAGAAGAAAAAAGUCCAACAUCCACCGGGCUAUCAGUUCUUCACUUGUCCCGCCACCGCGCCGAAGGGCAAUGGGUACACUUUGUUUGCAAGCUCCCGACUGUUCUUCCGGUACCUGCCUAUUCCAUGGUCUGCUGAGCGCCUUGAGAAAGUUACUUGGGCUAUGGAUAACGAUGGGUUCUGGGAUGCAAAACUUAAGAACCUGCCUUUGAUUGUGAAACAUCCUAUCUCUGGACUUCCUUGUCUGCGCUGGCAUCAACCUUGGGACUCAACCAAGACCAAAUUCUCGACUUGUGAUGUUUCAAUUGAGAAUGACGACAAUAGUCUGGUCAAUGUUGUGGAUCGUAUUAUAUAUGACUAUAGAGUCUGUCUUCGCUUUGGUUGGGAGAGGGGUGAUCUGUUAAUCAGUGAUAAUACUGCCAUGCUGCAUACUCGCACUGGAUAUAUCAGUAAUUGUGAUCGGGAGCUGUGGCGAAUUCACUGUGAUUGA